ACGCUCAGAUAUCUCGUAUAAUUCCUCAACACUUCACUUCUACUGGACUCCUAAGUUAUACUUCGGUACAGUACAGUAUAUUUUGAUAUCAUCUCAUCAUCAUCGUCAUCAUCACCAUGUCUACCACAACCACCAACCGCACCUUCUGGCAGGACAAAACCGGCGUCCCAGGCACCAUCCGCGAGACUGCCGUAUCACUAUCUGAUACCACCCUCUUCGAAGGCGAAAUCCUUGUCAAAGUGCACGCCUGGGGCCUCAAUCCCGUCGACGCGUACCUCCAGGACGUGCCCCUCCCGUUCGUAAAGUUCCCCCUCGUCCCCGGGACGGACGUCGCCGGGACCAUCGUGCGCGUGGGCUCCGGCCGCUUUCAAGUCGGCGACCGCGUGCUGGCCUACGCGCCGGGGAUCUCGUUCCCGGAACGACCGGAACGGGGCGCGUUCCAGGAAUACGUGGUCCUGGACUCCGCGCUGGCCGCCAGGGCCCCGGACUCGGUGUCUUUCGCCGAGGCCGCCGUGUUCCCGCUGUGUUUCGCCACCGCGGCCCACGCGCUGUUCGAUCCGGAAUUCCUCGCUCUCCCGCUGCCGCCUCCUCCCGGGUCUCGGUCCUUUUCGAGCGCAGGCAAGGGCGCGGAGACGGAGAAGCCGGUGCUCGUCGUGUGGGGCGGCGCCUCGGCCGUCGGGAGCAACGCGAUCCAGCUCGCGAGGGCGGCGGGGCUCGAGGUCGUCGCCACGUGCUCGCCGCGGAACUUCGCGUACGUGCGGAGCCUGGGCGCGGGGGCGGUGUUCGAUUACAACGGCGAGACGGCGGUCGACGACAUCGUGGCGGAGUUGGACGGCGGGGGGGAUGCGGGGAGGUGCGUGGUGGGCAUCUUCCAGGCCGCGGGCAUAACGGGCGAUGCCGUCGCGCCGUGCUGCCAGGUAUCCGCGCGGUUGCGCCGCCCGCGGCGGAAGCCGUUCGUCGCGUGCGCGAAUGCGAUUCCCGAGGGGGCGGUGCCGGAGGGGGUGGAGGCUAAGUUCGUGCUGGACUGGAAGGCGGGGAGGGGCAUGUACCACGACGUAACGUCUACGCUGUUUGCGGAGUUCCUGGAGGAGGCGCUUAGGUCCGGGACGUACAAGGUCGCGCCUAAGCCGGAGGUGGUGGGGACUAGGGGCCUGGAGGGGAUUCAAGAAGGGUUGGAUAUUGUGAGGAAGGGGGUGUCGGCGAAGAAGAUUGUUGUUUUGGCGGAGUAGGUAGGGUGUGAUUAGGGGGUUUGAUGUGGUUGAGGCUAUUAUUUGCCUGAUAGGGGGCAUCGUGUCUUAGCCACCAUCUAACGACCUUAAUGCAAUACAAGAUUUUUUUCAUACAAUUACGAUCUGGCUGAUGGUCCAGAAGCAGGUAUGCUAACUGAGAAAUGGUUCUUGUAAUAUCUAAUGUAGCUAAUUUCUAUUCCGCUCUCAUCGUGGUUAAAAAAGUUCUGCUUCCCGCUUUAGUCAUUCUUCGUCGGCACACAGUUUACUCAUGUCUUUUCAAUAAGCACCCCGAUAAUUUCCCUGCUCAAAAGCACCUAGUAAACCAUCGCUGUAUAUCUGGGCAAGGGUAAGAAUCCGCUCGCAUCAUACUCUUCAAGUCUUUGGUGUAGGUCUAGUCAUCAGC